AAGAAAUAAGGCACAAUGUCGGAUCAGUCGCCUUUUGACACCGAUGUCCAAACCAUGACCCGGUUUGUCAUGGAACAGGGAAGGAAAGCAAAAGGGACAGGGGAAUUCACGCAGCUUCUAAAUUCUCUGUUAACUGCAAUCAAGGCCAUCUCCUGUGCUGUGCGAAAAGCUGGUCUUGCCCAUUUGUAUGGAAUUGCAGGGACUGUGAAUGUGACUGGGGAUGAAGUCAAGAAAUUGGAUGUUCUGUCGAACAACCUCAUCAUUAAUCUGCUGAAAUCAUCCUAUAGCACUUCUGUGUUAGUGACAGAGGAAAACAAAGAGGCAAUAAUUGUGGAACCUGAGAGAAGAGGUAAAUACGUGGUCUGUUUUGAUCCAUUGGAUGGCUCUUCCAAUAUCGAUUGCUUGGUAUCUAUUGGAACUAUAUUUGGCAUUUACAGGAAUGUAAGUGAUUCUGGAGAGCAGCCUACCGAAAAUCUUGCUCUUCAACCUGGACGAACUAUGGUAGCCGCUGGAUAUGCACUGUAUGGCAGUGCUACUCUCGUAGCACUCUCCACAGGACAAGGUGUCAACUUCUUCAUGUUGGAUCCAGCUGUAGGUGAAUUUAUUCUUGUGGAAAGGAAUGUGAAAAUAAAGAAGAAGGGAAAAAUAUACAGUCUGAAUGAAGGUUACGCCAAAUACUUCGAUCCUGCACUUACUGAUUAUAUACAGAAGAAAAAAUUCCCUGAGGAUGGCAGUGCUCCAUACAGUUCAAGAUAUGUAGGGUCUAUGGUGGCAGACGUUCAUCGUACAUUAAAAUAUGGAGGCAUCUUCAUGUACCCUGCCAACAAGAAAAGUCCAAAAGGAAAGCUUCGCCUUCUGUAUGAAUGCAACCCAAUGGCCUUUAUAAUGGAACAGGCUGGUGGAAAAGCCACUACAGGAACCCAGCUAGUACUUGAUGUGAAGCCAGAGUCUCUUCAUCAACGGGUUCCUCUCAUUAUGGGAUCACCUGAUGAUGUUGACGAAUUUCUUUCCUUUGUAAAGAAACAUGAAGCUAAUGCAUGAAGUUUCAAGCCUCCUGCAGCUUGCAAAACAGAUUACUGGAAACCUACUGACUGAUCUAUAGAUUUAAGUGAAGAAGACUGUGCUCAGUACAGAAGUGUAAACUGUAUGAGAAA